CCUGCGCGAGUCCGCUUCGGGGAAGAAUCCUACAGUCAGAUCGCCAGCUUCACGAACCGUGAUAUAAUUAUAUAUCAGUCCCCUGGGAUCCCGCGACGGUGGACCACCAAAGAAACCUCAUCUAUCAUCACUUCUCUCUUUCUCUCGCGGUCAAUUGAUCAACAGCGCAUCUCGCAUCCGUUGCAUCACUCGUACCCAAACUCUCGGGCACCUCCACGUGGAUUGUAUAUUACCUUCAUAUACCCUCGUCUGCUCUGGUCUUCUUCAACAGGAAGCAACUCAACAAUACUCAGUCACCCACCUUCACUCACCUCCACACAUACACAUCACUCACCAUGUCUUCAUCCUGGACAUCGGACCCUCAACCACAAGUCUCCUCCGAGCAACGAGCAAAGAAGUUACGGCACGCCUGCAACUCCUGCCACCGAGCCAAAGUAAAGUGCUCUCGAGGCACCCCAUGUGCCGGCUGUGCAGCCUCUGGAGACCGCUGCGUAUACAGCGAGUCGAACCGAGCCGGACGACCACGCGGGACCAAGAACAAACGCACCCUCGACCUGAUGAACGCAAACGCCGCCUCCAACAGCAGCGAGAGAAGUCGAAGCAGAACCCCCUCUGAUCCUCAACCACCCAUGAGCUCGGCCAUGAACUCUGGCAUGAGCACGCCUGCUUUGAUGAGCGGCAUGCCCACCCCCAACAUCUCCCCCGAGAUGGUCAACAACCUCUCCUUCCUCGACAGCAGAGACGCCUUCUGGACCUUCGGCGGCCCAGGAACGGGAUUCGAUGAUUUCCCCACCGACGCCCUGCUCGACGCCUCAUCGGCCCUCAACACAUCAACCAGCCACAUGUUCGGCAACGACCCCAUCCUCUCCCACGACUUCGACAAGAACCCCCUGGGCCUCUUCUCCCACACCGAUCUCACCGUUGACUACUUCUCACUGCCCCUCACUCCCUCCUCAACCAGCUCCCCGUCGUCAAACUCCAGUAAAUGCUCCUGUCUAAACCACCACGCCAAGCUGCUCGUCCGCCUCAAAACCCUCUGGCAAGCCACCACCCCGCCGCCCAUCGACGUCGUCCUCGAUGGCGUGAAGCAGGUUCUCGAGCCCUGGAAGCAGUUCAUCCAAUGCCACAUCUGCCAGCCGGACGAGGACCAAGAAGCCCUUCUCCUAUCCGCGAUGUCGUUCCGCGUCGUCUUGCGGCUGCUGCAACGGGUCUGCAACCGUAGCACCGAGUUCGACGCCUUCUUUGACGACGGCACAGCCGGUUUAAGGGUAGGCAAUUAUGAUAUUACAGGCGAUGAGCAGAAUUUGGUGUUGGAUUUGCUGGUGAGCCAGACGCUGGGUAAGAUCCAGUUUGCGAUCGAGUGUUUGAAGGAGCGGUCGACGCAGCAGAAGUUGGGAGGCUUGGAUAUACAGAUGCAUGGCGCUGGGGCGGAUAAUAGAGAGGGCACGCCCGAUGCGGAUUAUGUGCAGCAGUUGUUGGGGAACUUGGAGAGUACGGUGCAGCUUCUGCAUCGGGGGUUGAAGAGCAAUAAUUUGAUGUCGAUGGAUGGCAUGGGCGUUUGAGUCCAUUUUGGGUUUUAUGAGUUGGUGGCUGCAUAGAAGCGUGGCGUUGGGUUCAUACUUAUCAUAUCAUAUCGAGGAGACGGACGAAUUUUCUUCGUCGUCGUCGUCGUCAGAUGGAGGGAGGCUUUUUUGUUUUGAUGGGGCAUCUAGAUUUUAUUUAGCAAUGUGCUGUAGCGUGCAUGUGUUGUAUAUAUU